AUGAAUCUACCAGAACCCGAUUGCAUAAAAGACGUGCAAAAGUUAACAGGAAGAAUGGCCGCAUUGACCCGGCUCAUUAGCAAAUCAGUAGAUAGGUCGUUGCCCUUUUUCAACGUGUUAAAGCAAAACAAGAAGUUCAAGUGGGGAGAAACAGAAAGAGCAGCCUUUGAGGCAGUAAAACGGCACCUGCAAGUCCUACCCACAAUAGCUCGACCAGAGGAAGGAGACACGCUGCAGCUAUACAUAUCUGCUUCUCAGCACACAGUAGCAACGGUACUGAUCAUAGAGAAAGAUAAAACACAGAUACCGGUGUACUUUGUCAGCCACAUCCUGGAAGAAGCAGAAACGAGGUACUCCUUGAUAGAAAAGUUGGGGUUGGCAGUACUGAUUGCAGCCAGAAAGCUGAGACCUUACUUUGAUGCACACGGGAUCCAAGUCCUCACAAACUACCCACUGGAAAAAGCAAUGCAAAAAAUGAACACAUCAGGCAGACUCCUAAAAUGGGCAAUUGAACUAUCAGAGUUUCACAUGGAGUAUCGGCCCAGAAUGGCUAUAAAAGCCCAAGCACUGUCUGACUUCAUAGUCGAAGCAUCAUACCAGGAGGAGGAAAUAAAGGAAGGAAUAUGGGAAGUAGCAGUAGACGGCUCGGUCACCAAAUCAGGGGCGGGAGCAGGGGUAAUAGUUACCUCACCAGAAGGAGACCAGUUCGAGUAUGCCAUUAAGUUCUCUUUCCAGGCAUCAAACAACGAGGCAGAAUACGAAGCCGCAAUCGCUGGCAUACAGAUCUGCACGGCAGCUGGUGCUCGUAGGCUCAUGCUCACAACCGACUCACAGCUGGUAACAAACCAGUUCUCAGGAGAAUAUGAAACGAAGGAAGAAUCCAUGAAACGAUACGCCGAAAAGCUUAAACAGUCAGUGGCACAGUUGGAAAUCUUCGAAAUAAAAUUAGUACCCCGAUCAGAGAACAUGUUGGCAGACUCCCUGUCAAAACUGGCCAGCUCAAGUGCUCUGGUAAAAUCAGUAAUGAUGGAAGUCAUGAAUCGAAGGAGCACUGAAGUAUUGGGAAAAGAGGUCAUGGUAAUCACGAGCCAACCUGAAUGGUAUGACACCUUGUGGGCAUACAAGAGAGAUGGAACACUGCCUGCAGAAAAAACGGAAGCAAGAAGGUUGAUUAGAAACUCAUGCUGGUUUGUAAUCAUCAGAGGCCAACUCUACAAACGGGGUUUUAGCUUGCCUCUGUUACGAUGCAUAUCAGCAUACGAAUCGGCACGACUGAUAGAAGAAAUACAUGAAGGAGUGUGUGGAAAUCAUCAAGGAGGAAAAACCCUUGCACUGAAAUGCCAAAGGCAAGGAUACUACUGGCCGACAAUGCUAACAGACGCACAGGAGUACGUCAAGAAAUGUGAAAAAUGUCAAGUUUUUUCAGCAGUCAUCAAUCGUCCUGCAAACGAUCUCAUGCCAAUCCUAAAUCCAAUACCGUUCGCCCAGUGGGGAAUGGAUAUUCUGGGACCAUUCACAACGGCAUCCGGUGGAAGAAAAUUUCUGAUAGUGGCAGUCGAUUAUUUCACCAAAUGGAUAGAAGCAGAACCGGUGGCAAAGAUAACUGCAAAUCAGGUCAAAAAGUUCAUAUAG